AUAUGUAGGAAUUUUGAAAGCAAAAGUUUAACUCAUGUAUGUCCACACAGGGUCGUUAAAACAACUACAGCAACACUUAGGAGCUUUGACAAAACAAGAUUCCUCCCAACUCUGUGCAGAGUGACAGUCCAUUAAUUGAAUACCCUCCCCCAGUGCUCCUUCCCAGCGCCUCCAGGUGGCGCUAACUGGCGCAUGCUCGAACAGUCAGCGAAAGCCGGGUGGGCCGGCAGGCGGGCGGGCGAGAGCGCGCAGGCUCGUCGCACAAUGGCGGAGCUGGGUAAGAAGUACUGCGUCUACUGCCUGGCUGACGUGACGAGCCUGCGGCUCCGCUGCACCGAGUGCCAGGACAUCGAAAUGUGCCCCGAGUGCUUCUCGGCCGGCGCCGAGAUCGGGCAGCACCGUCGCUGGCACGGCUACCAGCUGGUGGACGGCGGGCGGUUCACGCUGUGGGGAGCCGAGGCGGAGGGGGGCUGGACGAGCCGGGAGGAACAGCUGCUGCUCGAUGCCAUCGAGCAGUACGGCUUCGGCAACUGGGAGGACAUGGCCGCGCAUGUGGGCGGGCGCGCUCCGCCGGAAGUGAUGGAGCACUACGUCAGCAUGUAUAUCCAUGGCAACCUGGGCAGAGCGUGCAUCCCGGAUUCCAUCCCGAACCGCGUGACUGACCACACGUGCCCGGGGGGUGGGCCCCUCUCGCCGAGUUUAACGGCUCCCCUGCCGCCGCUCGACAUCACUGUGGCCGAGCAGCAACAGCUCGGUUACAUGCCGCUGAGGGACGACUACGAGAUCGAGUACCUGCAGGACGCCGAGACCCUUAUCAGCGGCCUGGCCGUCAACUACGACGACGAGGACGUGGACAUCGAGCUGAAGCGGGCCCACGUCGACAUGUACGUGCGCAAGCUGCGGGAGCGGCAGCGCCGCAAGAACAUGGCCCGCGACUACAGCCUGGUGCCCGCCUUCCUGGGCAAGGAGCGCAAGGACCGGCCGCUCAAGCGCAAGGUGACCAAGGAGGAGAAGGAGCUGCGGGCCAAGCUGCGGCCCAUCUGCCAGUUCCUGUCCGCCAAGGAGUUCGACGACUGCUUCGACAACCUGCACAAGGAGCGCGCGCUGCGGGCCAAGAUCCGCGAGCUGCAGCGCUACCGCCGCAACGGCAUCGCCAAGACCGAGGAGUCGGCCGAGUACGAGGCGGCCCGCCACAAGCGCGAGAAGCGCAAGGAGCUGCGCAACAGCGCCGCCGCCAAGCGCGGCAAGGACGAGGCCGGCAAGGAGGCGGCGGCCGCCGCCGCAGCAGCGGCAGCUGCAGCAGCCGCCGGCGCCGCCGCUGCUGCCGCCGCCGCCGCCGAGCUCAGCUCCAUCGAGCACCUGUCCGGCUUCGACCUGCUCUCCGAGCGGGAGAAACUGCUGUGCGGCUCCCUCAACCUGAGCCCCACACGGUACCUGACCGUCAAGACCAUCAUCAUCAAGGACUACCUGCAGAAGAGGCAGGGCAUCCCUUCCAAGAGCCGCCUGCCCAGCUACCUCGACAAAGUCUUAAAGAAGAGGAUAUUGAAUUUCUUAACGGAGAGCGGUUGGAUUGCUCGGGAAGCUUCUUGAUACUUCGCUUGUUUCCCGUCUGGAGGAAAAUACGUUUUUUUUUCAUGCCACUCUGUCCCAAGAAAGGCAAAGGUGUUCCUCUUUUUGUUAAAAGAUAAAGAAAAAAGUUCAAAUGAUUCGUGUACAACGGUCAGUCAGCCGUGGAUAGGAAUACAAGGUUUUCAUAUCACGGAAUUUGACAAAAUCAAAGCAAACUUGCUCAAGAUGCGUUGAAGCAAGCAUGCAUAUUAACCAAGCCUUGUUUUAAGACAGUUGAGCCAUUAAAGGAGAACACUGCUGAAGGUCAAGAUCAGAGCUACCUGAAAAAUGGUGGUUACAUCUGGCUGCUACCUUUUGGGGUCACAACCUAUAGACUGGCCCUAAAUCAAUAAACUGUCCUGAGCUUAUUCUACUGAUAAGCAGAGCAAGGACCUGCUAAUCUACAGAUUGUUCUGGCCUCUUGGCAAGCUCUAAUUCUGGUAGAUAGCUAGAAGAUGUUUGGAGUAGGAGGAAGGAGUGUAAUAUUGGAUAGUUGUAUUUAAUGGAUUCACUGAAGGACUUCAAAUUUUAUUGCCUGUUUGUGAUCCUGGGGGUUGCAUUGUGUAAAACUUGGUCCAUGUAAGUUGGUGGCAGGCCCCAUUAACUUCUGAAAACAGAAAAGAAAAUGAUUGUCAAGAGGACAACCCUAAACUUUUUAGUCAAGAUCUGAAAAUUGUGCAAAACUUAGGCAGUUGUAUUUUGAGUUCCUGCACAAUUAAUUCAUUGGAAUUCUUGUUAUUUUAGUGGGGGUGGUAAUGUUGCAUCAGGUUCUAGUUUGUAAAUUCACUUCACAGCAGUCCUCUGAUUUGUUCAAAAUGUGGAUUUUUGAAUGAUCUUGUAUGCCUCAAUGAAAAUAUUGAGAAUCUGGGUCUAUAUUUCAACAGGGUGUAAAAUUAGUGGUCCAUGUCACAAUGAAUCAGUGACACGAGGUUGGCACAUUGAUCUGUUCAAACAUUUACUUUUAAAUGUUAUUUAAAUCUUUUUGUGCUAAUCUUACAAAUUGCCUUCCAAGAAAUAUUUGUAUACAGUCAUUUAAAUUAUUAAAUCAAAUACUAAUGGCUUAUUUUUGCCACUUACUGCUGCUUUAAAUUUUGAGCUUAAUUUCAAAGAAUUUUAACUAGUGAAACCUUUUAUUCUUUCUCAGUAUCAUUCUGCUGUUCUGUAUCUUCACACAAGCAGUGUUUUUCCCCUUUUACUAUAAAGUGCAAAACCAGUCCCAUUCAUAGGUUUGUACCAGUUUAUUUCUUCAGCUGUACGCUGUAUGACGUUAAUCCUUUAAGGUUUUUUGCAUGAAGUAGCUCCUCAUUGCUCUGCUUCUACCAACAUCAACCAACUAAAGUCCAGGACCUCCCAUGUUGGCAGAUGCAAUUUUGCAUUACACAAUGCUGAGUGACAAGGGAGGGAGAUGAUAAAAUAUCAAGGAGAAAAAACAGUAGUUACAUAAAAAGUAAGCGCUGACGUGUUGAAGUUGGCCGGUCAAUCUCCAAUUAUCCUUGGACCAAAGAAACUACACUUCUCUCCAAUGCAAAGAUAUUUUUGCAAAAUGUAUUACUCUACAACAAAGACUCUGGGAGUUAGUGAGAACAGAUGUUUGGUAUGUGUAGCCUUACUGUUGGCAAGUGGUGUGCCAUGAGAUUGCAUUUUUAAAAAUUGUGUGUGGAAUCAAAAUUUUAAGUGGUGGGAGGGAAAACAAAUCAAAAGGCAAUGCAGAAUUUGUGGUUGACCUUUUAUGCUAGAAAGCUAAAGUGACCACUGAAAAGAUUUAAUCACUGGUGGGUUAUCAGUUUUUAUCAUUGUCAAGGAUUUUUGAAAUUAAGUUCAGUUAAUUCUGAAAUGUGUGCUGAGGUCUUUUAUGGCAUCUGGAUACAGAUGGCACAGUACUUGUUGAUCACCAAGUUUUUUUUCAGUUGCUUUUAGUCUGGCCAUUCUUAAAUUCCUUUCAAGACGUAAAACCAGAAAUCUUUUCUUAUGAAAGUGGGAUAAUGUAUUGAGCUGCAGAGUUGGCAUUUUUUAAUAGGGGGCGCGAAUCUCAAUUACAUCCUUUUAUUUUCUUGCUUUGGGUAUAAUUCAUUGUUAAGGUAUAAUGGAACCUCCAAAGGGACUGUUUGUUAUGUCAACCAAGUAGGCUGAAAGAGUUGUGCCAUUUUUAACUAAACUAGCUAGAUCAAAACUACCUGAAUUAAAUCUGCACCCUUUUGUAUUUUACAGGUCAAUUUGGGCAACUUUUAACAAGUAACUUUGUAGUUACAGAACUGGCUUGGAAUGUUGCAGAGCUGCACCAAAAAUUAAAUGUGAAUAAACAUGCAUUAAAAUGUUACAAGACCACUUGCUAACUGUGCCAGUUUGUUGCAAUAGAUUUUUGGGAAAUAAUGGUGCUCCAAGAAAAUUUUGAAGGUGCUAAUGCUAUGAGAGAAAGGAUAUUCCUAGCUAGAAAUUACUGUCUUCCCCCUCCAUGAAGAAACUCAUUCCUUUCUCAAUAUUUAGUUUGUGUAACAUAAUAAAUUUCCAGUCAUGCUGGACAAUUAUCUUUUUUUAACAGCACAGAAUAUACUGACGAAAAAUUCCUGACUUUUCAUGUGUUGCUGGCCUACUGUAAGUUCACAACCAGAAAGUGUAUAUAUAUUUGCAGGUCAUCCCUGACUAAAUAUUAUAGAUCAUGGUGCAUAAACCUACUUGUUUGAAGAAUCCUCCCAAACGCACGGGUUGAAUAAAAUGUGAACUAUUGCUGUUGGUGAAUGAUGGUUUGUAAUGUGAAUAAAACAUAGCAUCACUAAUUUAAAUUGUCAUAUUUAAUAAUCAUAUAAAGAUGGUCAAAUCCAAUCAUGCUGGUUUAAAACCGUCAAAUGCAUCAUAUUUGGAAUCCAUGAACACAGUUCAUCUUGAGUCACUUUAGCUACAGCAUCAAUGUAAGGAUCCUACUCUGAUUCUGAAACCAAAAACUGAAAUUCAUGUUAUUUUCCUUUCUGAUCAUUUAAUUGGAUAUUCUUUUUUUUUACGUGUUAGUUUGCUCACUGAUAUUUCCCACAAUUUAAUGACAAAACUACUGUUAAAACGGAAUAAUAUGAAUAUUUCCAGACUUUUUGAAGGCUUUUUCCCAUGAGCAGUCUGCAUGCUGAACUCUGAUUCAUUUGACUUAAUAAAUACGUAUGCAUUGCAUUUCUGCUAAUGUAAUCAUUCUGAUUUUUGAGGGUUCAUUCCAAUACGUGCAUGUCGAAACCAGACUAGUAGCUGGUCUUCCCUCUGUCUGAACAUUUAGGCUUCGACAUAUUGAGGGUAGACUAUUUCCUAUCUCUUACCAACUUAUUAAACCGUGAAUUCCCACAUUAUUUGACUAUUCAGCAAUUGUUACAAAUGAAAACUGCUUCAUAUCAUCUUUUAGCCAAAUAACCUGUUUUUGUUCAUUGACCAUUCUGGUUCGUCUGUCUAAGCACUGUUGCAUCUUGACAAUACAAUUGGAACCACCUUAAUCCCAUGCAUUGAAUUAUAGGAUGAACAUUACUGCAGACAUUAAUUUCAUCUGAAAAUUGAGACAUCCAUAAUGCAUGUACUGGCCUAGAUGCAGAUUUUAGUGUUGAAAGAAUGGAGUCCUCUCUGUGCUGCAAUCUGCAACAUUCAUUAAAAGUGCCUGUUUUAUCUACAGUAGUCAUUAAACUACAUCUGGCACUAAAACUGAGUUAGUAAUUUACAAAGAAAAAUGAGAAUCUGGUGGGGAGAAGAAAAGGCUAAGAUGAAGUAGAAAUAUAUUCUGAUCCCUGUAAGUGUAUUUCUUAGCAUUGGAAAAAUAAGCAAAGGCUGCAAUUAUGUUACAUGGCGAGAGCCAACUUGGGAAUUAAUGCACUGUUUAGCUGACUAUUCAUUGAAACCAGAUCGUAUGCUAUUUUAUUACUUAUUUUUGAUUUUACAAUUUAUAUUGUUUUUGAAACAAUUGAAUAUUCACAAAGUAGUUUUUGGACCAAGCUGCUGCCGUAAUCUCUCAAGUGAAGUUCAUUCAGUGUAGAACUAAGUCAGUCCAGCCAAAAUGUUGCUGUUGAAUUAUUGCUCCCUGAAUUUCCUGAUCUCAUUGAGUGGUAGAUGUGUUGUACUACAUUUGACUUUAGUGUUCACAGAGGGGAAAAUUGACCAUGCAUCCUUUUUUCCUUCGUAUGUGAACUCUUGGUGGGAAGAGUGUGUUGAUGUCAGCUACAAUCGUGACUGUAUUGAACCAGUAAUUUCUUCUAUCAAGCAACCGGCUAAUGCCAUGUAGACACUGAAAGUAUGGCCUUUUUAGUGAGUUGUCAUGACCAAUGGUAGACCUUCAUAGCAAUGGGUCAAGACCAUCUGAGGCAAGAGAAGCACUUAAGAGUAGAAGUAUGUCACUUAGUGGACCAGUGGAUACAAUGACUCAUUGUGUAGAUUAGAGGUAGAAGGCCUGUUUUUUUUUUAAAAAAAGUCAUAAGUCCUGUCUUUCAUGGGUUGUAAUCAGCUUUUGGGAUUAAAAAUUUUGCUCUUUAAAUUUUAGCAUAUUCAUCCAAUUCCUGCUUCUGAGAGCACUGCAAUAUGAUGUAGACUUAGCAAGAAUUUGUUAAACUGAGAUUGAAAGACUGGUGAAAAUACAGUAGAAAUGUGAGCUUGCAAUUAAGGCACUUUGUGACAAUAGAGAUUUGCACCAUAUUGUGCCAGAUCUGAGUGUUUUAUAGGUAGUUGGAAACUGUUCUACUUACUAUACUAAAAUUUCUCACCUUGAUGGCUAUUUAUAAAGUUUGCCAGCAAUCCUUGGUUUAAGAAUUUGAGGUGGGGGAUACAGGUUGAUGCAUCUAUUAGUAGUCAGCAUUUAGCAUUUUUUGGUACAGUAAAUUUCGAAUGGAAAAUCUGUGUGCUUUAUGCAAUUCUGAAGUAAGCUAAAGCUUCAAUAUUCAUAGUUUUACUGAAAUAUUGAAUAUUUGCACUGUUUUCGGCACAUCUUGGGUGCCAUUGCUAAUGUGAAGUAAUUUAUUAACUGGUGAUAUGUUUGAAAUUUUUAGUUUGUGGAAGACAGUGUCUUUUUUUUCUUUGAACUCUAUCUCAAACUAAGUGUUAAUUGGUAUGAAUUGUGAAAUAAUUACCUUUUUUUUAUGGAUAAGGAGUUCUUCCCUGAUAAGAGAACCUACAUAUGAUGCCAGGUUUAUUUAAAAUUGUAAUAUACUUCAGAAAAGGAGGAUUAAAUAAAGCUGUGGUAUUCAUGCACAGGGGAUAAUUUAAAAUAUAUACUUAAUUAAUUAGAAUAUUGGUUCUAAUUUUUUUUGUCAGUGAAGCUCAAGCCACUAAGUUGGCCUUUUGCAUUGUAACUUGUAUUCUAUGCUGCUUGCUUUUAUUUUAUUUCUGACUGCCUGGAAUGGGUGAUGAGUAAUAAAACAUAGCUAUGUAGAAGCACAGCUUUAAAUGUGAUAUGCACGUGCAUAGGAUUUCAUAGAAGGGCAGUGACUCAUCUUUGGAUAGUUUGUCUGUAAAUACGUGUAUUAAUUAUAGGAGUGGUUAUGUGCUUGUCUGCUGCAUCUGCUCUUAGCAACUUCACGGGUUUGUUGCCGACAAAUGUUCAUUGUAUUUGUGGCAAGUGAUACCUUGCCAGUUUGUAUUCGGGAUUUGUUGGUAUGUAGAAUUGAUUUGUAAUGUUACAAGCUAACCCACCAUAAAUGAUGCAAUCAGGCUGGGAAAAGGAAUGCUUUCAUAAUUUUUUUUAUACCAUCAUUUUGCAGAGGGGCCAAGCUGGAUCACUUAGUCAAACUAUAGUUAUUGGACAGCACCUUCAACUUUCUGACCAUUUUUCUAUUUCUCUAUUUUGUCUAACCUUCUGGUACCUAAGCUGCUUAUUGGUUUAAGUUGUUUUGAGAAUUCAUGAGAAUCAAAUUUAAUUGCUUUCUUAGGAAAAUCAGUAUCCUGUGUGCAGCUCAAAGAUAAUAUAGUUUCUUCACCACUCUAGGUUUUAUGAAUUUUUAACUUUUUUCACGUAUUCAUCUUUUUAAGAGGAAACUAAAUUUCAUAUCUCCGCCUUUAGUAUUCAACCCUAACCAAUUUUUGCAGCAGUAAAGUAGCAAUUAAUAAGACUUUAAGGUGCACAGUUCUUCAUUAUUCUCAAUCUUUGUUUGGAUUAAUUCUCAUAAAUGUUAAUUUAAAUGGGUUAUUGUGACCCUUUGCAGAAUAGUGAUCAUAAAUCUUAGCUUUAUCUUCACAAAGAACAGAAAAAUAUUAGCUGUCUCAUUAAGAAAAUUUGGAGGAAGUGAAGGUGUAUUUUUUAUUCUUAAGUCCUUUUUUUAUUUCUGUGGAAAGCACCUUUCAAAAUACAUUACCACGUUUGUCAUGUGCUUAGAAAAUGUAGAUUAUUUUUGUAAAUUUUUAUUUUUGUUUUUAAACAUGCAAGAGAUGCACAAAGAAUUGCAGAACUUUUUUUUGCGUGUUUUACUUUUGGUGCAUUGAGUUUUUAAUAUUGUGCAGAAGUGGAACUUGGAAUAGUUGGUAUGAAAUUAAUACCUGCUUUUUACAGCCUUGCUCUGAAUGUGUACAUAUGUCUUUUGAACUGAAUGUAGUCCAUUCGAGAGCAUAUUGAAAACAGGAACUGUGCCAAGCAAGACACUAUAAAGUUUAUUAGGUGUUCUACGUUUAUCAGUGCUUUUUUUUUUGACUGUUGCUUCUUGAGAAUAAUUGCUGUUUACUUUGUCCAUGGCUGUAUUAAAAUUGCAUGUUACAAUGAAUGUGA